AAUAUUAGUAUUUUUUCCUUGCGAGAUAGACACUUGUUUUGUAAAGGCGCCUUCUGCAAAUGAGUGUUUGUAUUAGAAUUGGGGUGUAUUAAUUAUUGAUUUAUAAAUAUUAAAAUACCAAUAUUUAGUGAAUCUAUUGUGUUGUGUAUUGUGCUGCAAGAUCCAACAAUGGGCAAUAUCCACACCGUCGGCCCUAACGAGGCACUGAUAGUUUCAGGUGGCUGUUGUGGGUCCACUCAGAAGCGGACCAUCGUCGGCGGGUGGGCAUGGGCCUGGUGGCUCGUGACUGACGUCCAGAGGAUUUCCCUCGAGGUUAUGACCCUUAACCCGAUGUGCGAGAUGGUGGAGACAGCACAAGGCGUGCCGCUCACGGUGACUGGAGUCGCGCAGUGCAAGAUCAUGAACGAAGACGAGCUCCUCACCACCGCUUGCGAGCAGUUCCUUGGCAAAAACGUGAAGGAGAUCAAGAUGACUAUCCUGCAAACGCUGGAGGGGCAUUUGCGAGCUAUCCUGGGAACGCUUACAGUCGAAGAGGUGUACAAGGACCGCGAUCAGUUCGCGGGUCUGGUGCGCGAGGUGGCGGCGCCCGACGUCGGUCGGAUGGGCAUCGAGAUCCUGUCGUUCACGAUCAAGGACGUGUACGAUGACGUGCAGUACCUGGCCAGCUUGGGGAAGGCGCAGACGGCGGUCGUCAAGCGCGACGCCGACGUGGGAGUCGCACAGGCCAACCGGGACGCUGGGAUACGAGAAGCGGAGUGCGAGAAGAGUGCGAUGGACGUGAAGUACUCCAUGGACACCAGGAUCGAGGACAACACCAGAAUGUUCAAGCUGCAGAAGGCGCAGUUCGACCAGGAAGUCAAUACAGCUAAAGCUGAGGCGGCGUUAGCUUACGAAUUGCAGGCCGCUAAGAUUAAGCAGAAGAUCCGAAACGAGGAGAUCCAGAUCGAGGUGGUGGAGCGACGCAAGCAGAUUGAGGUAGAGCAACAAGAGAUCUUGCGUCGCGAAGAGGAGCUGGUUUCCACCGUUCGCCUGCCGGCCGAGGCGGAGGCCUACCGUCUUCAGGCCAUUGCUGAGGGCAAACGCACCCAAACGAUAGAAGCCGCGAAGGCCGACGCCGAACGUAUCAAAGUCCUGGGUCUGGCUGAAGCCACGGCCAUUGGUGACGUAGGCAAGGCUGAUGCUGAGCGCAUGCUGGCCAAGGCCAAGGUCUACAAGCAGUAUGGAGACGCUGCUAUCAUGGCGCUGGUGCUUGAAGCUCUGCCUAAGAUCGCGGCCGAAGUAUCGGCUCCUCUAGCCCGUACAGACGAGAUAGUCCUGGUAGGCGACUCGGGCGCCACGGGCGAGGUCGCGCGGCUGGCGGGAGGCAUCCCGCCCGCGCUCAAGACGCUCACCGGCCUCGACCUCACGCAGGUUCUGAAGCGGCUCCACCCCUCCGGUGAGAAAGACAAAUAAAAGAGUCUCCUCUGGCAGCAACCACGAGCAAGAAGAAGGAAGUUACAGCUUGCUAAUCACCUGUCCCCCUCCCACGUAAGCGCUUUGUGCCAUAUACCUGUCUCGCUUCUCCAGAAUAUCCCAGAACGGUGUAGUUAAUAUGAACGAUGUUUUUGUCGAGAUCCAAAUGGAUGACUUUUUUAUUUUGUGGCAUCUCUGUUUUUAUGAGUUUUUUAUUUCUAAUUUCGAUACACUAUGUUUUAGCGCCUAUAAACUGAUUAUUAUGAAGUGUACAUCAAGUAUGAAGUAUCGAAGCACAACUAAAAUGUCACAUUUAUUUUUGAGAUUAUGUGUCACGACUGAACACGAUUGAAACAGCCAAUUUAUUCGAAUUCGAAUCGAUAUCGAUUGUCACUUUAUCUAGACUAAUACAGCUAGAUAAAUCCAAAAUUACUAAUAGUGCUGCAGCUUAACACUUUAUUAGCAGCUCAUCUAACAUUUUCUCUCAAGUCCCCCGUAUUUAAUGUAGUUUCCUUAUUUCUUUUGCUUUUUUCUUUCCUUACUAAAUGCACAGCAAUAUUCAGUUUUAGUAUCGUUAAGAACAAAAGCGUCGACUCAAAUUACUUUUACGUAAACUUAAUUAAAUACAUAAUAUUAUAUUUCAGUACAAACUAGCUUUAUAGUUUGCUGCAUUUCAUUGCAUUGCUAGGAUUCACUAUUAAUUUACAAAGUAAUUAAUAUAAACGUGAUAAUAAAUGUAAUGUAUUAAUAUAAUACGUAUUUUGAAUUAUUUAUGACAUGUGUAUUUAGAGAAAUAGUUUAAUAGUUUUUGAAAGUUCAAUAAAUAGUAGAUUACUUUUCAUUCUUCGUUAUAUUAGUAACUUGGAAGUCUGUAAUCAACUCAAUAUUCUUUAGUUAAUAUAUAAAUAUACACCACUAAAUUUUUAUCACCGAAAAAAUUUUUAACAGGUUAUGUAGAAACGUGUGGAAUAUUGAAAGCAAAAGAAAAAGAAAUGGUUUUCAUGAAGUUAAUUUUUUUAUUAAAUUUUCGUUAGUCCGUAUUUUACGCGUCACAGCUGGGUCACUCCGCUGCUCGCUAGAGUAAUCGUACGCGCUCGCACGUUGCAUCGAUCUGUCUGUCUCGCUCACGCCUCGACCACGCUUCCAGUGUUAUUAUUACAUACUUAGCUAACUUAGACCAUUUUUAAUUUUAAUAAGUGUUACAUUAUUGUACAUAAUUAGUGCUAGCGACGCGUGUGUCAAUAAAUUACUAAUUUUAGGAGGAUAUUUUGAGUCACUUUAUUUUACUCUUUUUUUUGCACAAAUGGGAUCAGUAUCAAUAACUCAUUACCUAGAAUUUUUUUUUUUCGGUGAUUAAAAUUUAGUGGUGUAUACUUAAAAAUCCUUUUUGUAAUGAAAAUGUAAUUGACUAUUUGAAGGUACUUUAUCUAUUCUCUAUACAAGCGUAGGGUGUUGAUAUUUUUCAGUGGAUAUAUUAAAGUACAACUGUGCUAGCGUAAUUUAGAUUUUGUACAACUGUUAGAUCUAUCCUAGACAAAUUCGAUGUGUUCUCUGUCAAGGCACUGCCUUUUUGAUGUAGAUUGUUUGUGGGUUAGUUUUUCGUGUGUCGUACAAUCCAGUUGUGAAAUAUCGUAACCGUAUAUUUAUUCAAACUACACAAUUUUUUCAUCUGUAAGUGAUCUACUUGUACAGUCGCUAACACAUUCAACUAUCUCAAAAAGUAACCUCUACAAAAAAAUUAAAAUCCUUCUGCUGACGACAGUACAUGAUUUUUCUAUCUACUGGUAACAAGUUAGAUAUUCUCACUGUGAUUGUACUUGUGUGAAUUAGAGUGCUCGUUGUAUUUUUUUACCAAAAAAUGUAUUUCGGUAAUAAUAUCGAUUGAAAAUUGUUUCUUUGUACUAAAAUUGUUUCUUCCUUUUAAAUUCUUUAUUAUUUGAAUACCAUUUGACAUCUAAUAAUUGCAUUAUGUAAUCCAAUUCUUAUGAUUGUUUUGUAAUCUUUUGUUAUUUGAUAAGUGUGCAUAAAUGAAAAUAAAUGUUUAUUUUUGAAAUAA